CGCGCCCCAGGGAGGCGGCUUGGGGUCUGAGGGCCCCUAGCCCUGCCUCCGUCGCCCACUGCAUGCCGGGUGGGCCUCAGGGCCGUACCGAAGGAGGCUGGGAGGGCGGUUUAUUUCUUUCGUCCUGUCCCCGAGUACGCGAACCCUCCCCCGCCCUUCCCUCUGUCCCCUUGGACCCUCCUCCAAGACUUUCCGUCCGUCGGUCUCCGGACCUCCCUUCCGUCUGGCACCCUGAAAGGUCCCUUCCCAAGCCCUUAGGGACGGUAGAGGACUUGGGAACCAGCGAGUACUCCCAGGCUGUGAGAAGAGCCCCUGCUGCCUGCCCUGCCUCAUCCUGUUCCACAUCAGGCCCAGCGGCCCCCGGCUGCAUCAAGUGGAGGAGGAGUAGGCAGAGGAGGGUGGCACCAUGGGCCCGGGCCGUGCCCUCCAUGCCCGGGGGAUGAAGACACUGCUGCCAUGGACAGCCCGUGCCAGCCGCAGCCCCUGAGUCAGGCUGUCCCUCAGUUGCCGGGGUCUGUGUCAGAGGCCUUGGAGCCUGGCGGGGCCAGGAUGGGGGUGGAGAGUUACCUGCCCUGUUCCCUGCUCCCUUCCUACCACCAUCCGGGAGUACCUGGGGAGGCCUCAGCAGGCAGUGGGACUCCUGGAACCACAGCCACCUCUACCACUGCCAGUCCCUUGCGGGAGGGCUUUGGUGGGCAGGAUGGUGGUGAGCUGCGGCCACUACAGAGUGAAGGUGCCGCAGCGCUGGUCACCAAGGGGUGCCAGCGACUGGCAGCCCAGGGCGCCCGGCCUCAGGCUCCAAAACGCAAAUGGGCCGAGGAUGGUGGGGAUGCCCCUUCUCCAGGCAAGCGGCCCUGGGCCAGGCAAGAGAACCAGGAGGCAGAGAGGGAGGGUGGCAUGGGCUGCGGCAGUGGCCACGGCGAGGCCAGCGCUGGGCUGAGGGAGGAGGUGCAGCCCUCUGCACCUGAGCGCUUGGCCCUGGACUAUAUUGUGCCCUGCAUGCGGUACUAUGGCAUCUGCGUCAAGGACAGCUUCCUGGGGGCAGCCCUGGGUGGCCGCGUGCUGGCUGAGGUGGAGGCCCUGAAGAGGGGAGGGCGCCUGCGUGACGGGCAGCUAGUGAGCCAGCGAGCUAUCCCACCGCGCAGCAUCCGUGGGGACCAGAUUGCCUGGGUGGAAGGCCACGAGCCAGGCUGCCGCAGCAUUGGCACGCUCAUGGGCCACGUGGACGCUGUCAUCCGCCACUGUGCUGGGCGGCUGGGCAGCUAUGUCAUCAACGGGCGCACCAAGGCCAUGGUGGCGUGUUACCCAGGCAACGGGCUGGGGUACGUGAGGCACGUUGACAAUCCCCACGGCGAUGGGCGCUGCAUCACCUGUAUCUAUUACCUGAAUCAGAACUGGGACGUUAAGGUGCAUGGCGGCCUGCUGCAGAUCUUCCCUGAGGGCCGGCCGGUGGUAGCCAACAUCGAGCCACUCUUUGACCGGUUGCUCAUUUUCUGGUCUGACCGGCGGAACCCCCACGAGGUGAAACCAGCCUAUGCCACCAGGUACGCCAUCACUGUCUGGUAUUUUGAUGCCAAGGAGCGGGCAGCAGCCAAAGACAAGUAUCAGCUAGCAUCAGGACAAAAAGGUGUCCAAGUACCCGUGUCCCAGCCGACUACGCCCACCUAGUGGCCAGCCGUGGAGCUGCAUGGACAGACAGCGUGCCCUGACUUCAGGAGUGCCCAGGGGCCCUGCGGGCAGCCUUCCAGCCUUGGGGCCUUCUCCCUCCCUGUUGCCAUCGCCGCUGCUGCUGCUGACUUUGCGUCUGCCCUGCCUGGUGUGGAGUGCUCUGUCCUUCCGUUGCUGAGUGCUGAGGAGGAUGAGCGAUCUCUGCUGCCCUGUGAUGGGGCGAGGGUUCUGACCUGAGCAGAGGCCAGCCUUGGGGGCCGUCAUUACGGAAGCUGGGCCUGUGUCCUGCCCUGUCUGGUCAUGCCCCCGUUAGGUGUGGAGGGCUGGGGGGGGGGCACUGCCACCUCCCACCAGGUUGCAGGAGUUGGGGUUGGGGUGAGUCAUGGCCUCUUGCUGGCAAAGGUGGGUGGGGGUGUGUCUCCAAGCCCCGCACCCCCUGUUCCAGCUUGGAAUGUGAAGUGACUCCCCAACCCCUUGGGCCACGGCACCUGUUGGACUGGGCUGCCGCUGUGUGGGCAAGAUGAAGGUGCCGGGGGGAGCAUGGAUGUUGCAGGCCUGUCAGCCAAGAAAUAAAGUUUACCUCAGA